GUGAAAAUGGCGUAGCAUAGGAACAGACAACAUUCUACAACUUUCGUUACUUAAUCCAAUCUUCAACCGGAGCAGGUCGCCGGCGGAAUGGCGGAUGAUGAUUUGCCGCCGCCAAUUAGGCUAAUGAACUUCGUAUCGGAAGAUCAGUUGGCAGAAUCUCGGAAGAACAGGGGGCCAAGAGUUGAAGAUGGUACUGCUCAGAGAGAUAGGCCGCUUUUCGAGAUUUUAAAGGAAAAUAAGGAUAAGAAAGAUGCUGAAUUCAACGAACGCUUCAAGCACAGGCCUCCAAAAGCUCUGGAUGAAGAUGAGACUGAGUUUCUCGAUAAAUUGGACAUGUCCAGGAGAGAACAUGAGCGACAACUUGCAGAAGAAGAAGAGCGGCAUCUGCGUAGUUUUCAGGAAGCAGUGGAAUCACAGUAUAAUGUGGUUCGCGAGCUAAAGGAGAUUCCUUCAGCUCCUAAAGAUCAGGAUAAAAAAAGUUCAGUGGGUGGGAAGAAGAAUCCUCCACCUCGGCCUUUAGGCAUGGUGAUCAAAGUGAUGCCCCAACCUAAGAAAGCAAAAGUGGAAACUACAGAUUGCAAGGAACCUGAGAAGGCUACUAACAUAACUGGUUUGGUUUCAUAUAGUGAUGAUAGUGACAAUGAUGAUGACUGAUAAAUAUGCAAAUAUUCAGCUUUAGUUUUUGACUUUUGAUACUAAAAUUGUUGAAAGAUUUCUUAGUUAGUUUAGUUGGCAUUAUUCUCUUUGUUUUUAUGCAAGUGAUUCUUUCUUUA